AUGCCAGAACAUCUCACAACACUCAAAGAUAACUCUACAGUGGCCUACAACGUCUUCAACGAGGAUGCCACCGAUAAGAUUGCACUGGUGUUGAUCAUGGGCAUGACGGGAUGUAUGCUCGACUGGCAAAUGUGGGCGGAGGCCGUCGCCAAAGCAGGCAAUCGCAAAGUCGUCAUCUUCGAUAACCGCAAUAUCGGCAAUAGCCACGGCAAUAUCGAUGGCUUAUCCGUGGAUAGUAUGGCACUAGACACGAUUGAACUGAUCGAGCAGCUCAACCUUAAAGACGUCCACCUGUUGGGUUUCUCAAUGGGCGGUAUCAUAGCACAGCAGAUGCUGCUCAAUCACUCCCCUCUAUUCACUAUCCACAAAAUUAUUCUCUCUUCCAGCGCAUGCAGACGCCCUAAACUGUCUCACAUAGAUAUGUCCUCCUUGGAAGGUGCACAAGCAUUCAAUCUGAUUCUGUACGAUGAGGAGUGGGUGAGUAAUAACAAAGCAAUCCUCGCUGUUAUCAAGGAAGCCAGCAAUUACAUGCGCAGACCGUUUGAAACCCUCCAAGCUCAAUUUAAGGCGUUGUCGGCCAUGGAAUUGGGCGAGAAACUCAAAUACACCGACUGGACAAACAGACUUUAUGUAAUGCACGGUAAACGCGAUGCUAUCAUUAGCUUUAAAGAGGCUGAACACACUCUUGAGAUAGCUAAAGGUGCCAAGUUGGUCAACACCCUUCCUACCCUCGAAUAUGGCCACUUGUUCUGGGCAUACUUUGAUCCAAAAAUCUGGUCGGAUGCUAUUGAAGGCUGUCUGGGAGAGAAAACCGAAGCGAAAUUGUAG